AUGCCUGAAAAAACCGAAAGAAUGUGGCACCAAAUUGCUGAAAAGUUUGCGGCAGCAACACAAUUUCCUAACUGCCUGGGGGCAAUAGAUGGCAAACACAUCCGCAUUCAAAAACCAUAUUGUACAGGUUCAGAGUUUAUGAAUUAUAAACAUUUUUUUUCUGUGGUUCUUAUGGCUGUUGUAGAUGCGGAAUAUUGUUUUACGUCGGUUGACAUCGGAUCAUACGGUAGUGCUAGUGAUUCACAUGUGUUUGAAAGAUCUAAUUUUGGUAAAAAACUAAACCAAGAAAAACUUAACAUACCACCUAAUCAGCCACUACCAAAUGAUGACACAGGUGUUUCAAUGUCUUUUAUUUUUGUUGCGGAUGAAGCAUUUGCAUUAUCAGAUCAUGUACAACGGCCAUUUGGGCGACGGAAUUUAACUAUAGAAAAACAAAUUUAUAACUAUCGGCUCACUAGAGCCAGAAGAAUGGUUGAGUGCGCAUUUGGCAUUAUGUCCAACAAAUGGCGAAUACUUCAUAGAGCAUUAGAUGUGAACCUUUCAUUUUGUGACGCAAUUAUUCAGGCUUGCUGCAUUCUUCAUAACUAUGUACGCCAAAGAGACGGAGUAAGGUUUGAAGAUACUCUGUAUGAAUGCCCCCUGACAAAAAUGAACCCAACGAAUGUGCGUGGCAAUCACAUUGGUACAACAACAAGAGAAUAUUUCAUGAAAUAUUUCACUACACCCGGAGGAUCAAUUCCUUGGCAGAUGAAAAGAUUUGAACAGUUCAAGUUUCAAUAA